UACGCAUUGCAACACUUAUACAAAAAUCAGACAUGGCGCGGGUACACAGAAUUCCGGACUUUUUUCACUUUUUCAUUUAUUUCUCAAUAUUUUCAUGUUGUUUACUUAAUUUGGCUAGUGCAAACAGAGAGCUAGAUGAAAGUAAUUGGAGGGACGUACUCGAAGGGGAAUGGAUGGUAGAAUUCUACGCGCCAUGGUGCCCCGCGUGCUCCGCCCUCGCCCCCACGUGGCGGGAGCUGUCCGCCCGCGCGGGCAAGCAGUCCCUCGCCAUGCGCGCCGCCUCCGUCGACGUCACCAAGUCGCCCGGCCUCAGCGGCCGCUUCGUGGUCACCGCGCUGCCUACUAUAUUCCAUGUGAUUGAGGGCGAAUUCCGUCAAUACAAAGGUCCCCGCGACGUAGACUCAAUGCUGAGCUUCGUCCAACAGAAACGGUGGCAGCAAACAGAACCCGUGCCAUCUUGGAAGGGCCCCGACUCACUCCAAAUGGGGCUGGUGGCGCAGUUCUUUAAGCUGUCUCAAGCACUCAGGAGUGUGCACAACAUGCUGAUGGACACGUACGGACUGCCGACGUGGGGCUCGUAUCUGAUCUUCGCUGUAGCCACUAUUUUCAUCGGGGCACUGCUUGGACUGGUGUUAGUGUGCCUGAUCGACGUGCUGUACCCGCCGCGGCGCAAGGACUUCGUGCCCGCCGCGCACGCCGGCGUCGGCGCCCGAGGGGAUGCCGGGAACAAGUCCGACGACGAACAGGAAGAGUUGAUAAACGAAGAUAUUGUAGACGACGCGCCUUCCGGUGCUGACAGCGAUGCCGAGAAGAAUUCAGCCAGCGACGUGAGUAUAUUUAUAUAA